AUGGAUCUCGAAGAAAUUUCUUCUAAUAAAUGUUUCGGUGGUGUACAAAAGGUCUACACACAUGAAAGUUCUACGGUCAAGUGUGCUAUGAAGUUUGGCGUCUACCUGCCGCCUGCCUACGGUGAACAUGCUAAUUUACCUGUGGUAUUUUUCCUGCAAGGCUUAACAUGCACGGAUCAGAACUUCAUCAUUAAGUCUGGUGCUCAGAGGAUUGCUGCUCGUCUUGGAAUUGUCCUCGUUAACCCGGACACCAGUCCACGUGGCUGCAACAUCCCCGGGGAGGAUGACUCUUAUGAUUUCGGCACGGGUGCGGGCUUCUACCUCAACGCGACUCAAGAGCCGUGGUCAGCGCACUAUCAUAUGUACGAUUAUGUGACAAAGGAGUUACCAGCUUUGAUUGAGAAGAACUUCAAAGUGUUGCCUGGAAAAUACGGGCUCAUGGGUCAUAGGUAUGUUCUGACUGUUAUCACCCUUGCUACCGUUCUAACAAAAGCCUGCAUGUGUUGCAUUACUGCCCUUUGCUUCUGUUUCUAG